AUGGACGCCCUCAACGAGACGUCCAGUCAGUCGAUCAAGGGAAAUCCUUCGAGUGGGAACGUUGCGAACGAUGGCACUGGCGUCAUCGCCCUCGACCCCUACCUCGAGCCCUUCGCACCCGCACUCAAGAGCAGAUACGCCAAAGCCCAAGAAUGGAUGCAGACUAUAGACGCACACGAGGGCGGCUUGGAAAAGUUCUCGCGCGGAUAUGAAAAGUUCGGCUUCAACGUCUCUUCCGACAACACCAUCACAUACCGAGAAUGGGCACCCAACGCCCUUCGAGCCUACCUCAUUGGCGACUUCAACGGCUGGAACCGGGAUAGCCAUGAGAUGAAGCGGGAUCCAUAUGGUGUCUGGGAGAUCACCUUCCCUCCCGUCGACGGACGACCCGCCAUUGAACACGACAGCAAGCUCAAGAUCAGCCUGGUGGUGCCCAACGACCACGCACGACAGGAGAGGAUCCCGGCAUGGAUAACACGCGUGACCCAGGACCUCUCCGUCUCCCCGGUCUACGAUGCCCGCUUCUGGAACCCGCCUCACAAGUACGAGUUCAAGAACCCUCGCCCUCCGAAGCCUCAAUCCGCACGCAUCUACGAAGCACACGUCGGCAUCUCCUCCCCCGAUCCCAAGAUAGCCACCUACAAAGAAUUCACACAAAACAUGCUCCCGCGCAUCCACAAGCUGGGCUACAACACCAUCCAGCUCAUGGCCGUCAUGGAGCACGCCUACUACGCCUCCUUCGGCUACCAGAUCAACUCCUUCUUCGCCGCCUCCUCCCGCUACGGCUUCCCCGACGACCUCAAAGAACUCAUCGACACCGCGCACGGCCUCGGUAUCACCGUCCUGCUCGACGUCGUCCACUCCCACGCCUCCAAGAACGUCCUCGACGGCCUCAACAUGUUCGACAACAGCGACCACCUCUACUUCCACGAAGGCGCGCGCGGCCGCCACGAGCUCUGGGACAGCCGGCUCUUCAACUACGGCCACCACGAAGUCAUCCGCUUCCUCCUCUCCAACCUCCGCUUCUGGAUGGACGAGUACCGCUUCGAUGGCUUCCGCUUCGACGGCGUCACCAGCAUGCUCUACACCCACCACGGCAUCGGCACGGGCUUUUCGGGCGGCUACCACGAGUACUUCGGCCCUAACGUGGACGAAGACGGAGUGGUGUAUCUGAUGUUGGCGAACGAAAUGCUACACACGCUCUUCCCCGAUGCUAUCACCAUUGCGGAAGACGUCAGCGGCAUGCCCGCGCUGUGUGUCAAGCUGAGCCUGGGUGGAAUAGGAUUCGACUACCGCUUGGCCAUGGCCGUGCCGGACUUGUACAUCAAGUGGCUGAAGGAGAAGCAGGAUAUCGAGUGGGAUAUGGGCGCGUUGUGCCACACGCUCACCAACCGACGACAUGGCGAGAAGACCAUCGCUUAUGCGGAGUCGCAUGAUCAAGCUCUCGUCGGCGACAAAACCCUCCUCUUCUGGCUCUGCGACAGCGAAAUGUACACCAACAUGUCCGUCCUCUCCCCCUUCACGCCCGUGAUCGAGCGCGGCCUCGCCCUGCACAAAAUGAUCCGCCUCAUCACGCACGGCCUGGGCGGCGAAGCCUACCUCAACUUCGAAGGCAACGAGUUCGGACACCCGGAAUGGCUCGACUUCCCCCGCGAAGGCAACAGCAAUUCCUUCCACUACGCGCGUCGGCAGUUCAACCUCCCCGACGACCCGGAUUUGCGGUACGGCUCGUUGAAUGCUUUCGACGCGGCGAUGCAGUGGGCGGAGGAGAAGUAUGGGUGGUUGCAUUCGCCUCAAGCGUACAUCAGUCUCAAGAACGAAGAGGAUAAAGUCAUCGUCUUCGAGCGCGCGGGGCUGUUGUGGAUCUUUAAUUUCCAUCCUUCGGCCUCGUUUACGGAUUAUCGCGUUGGUGUGGAGGAAGGCGGGACGUAUCAGAUCGUCGUCAACACUGAUCGCAAGGACUUUGGCGGGUUGGGAAGGAUUGACGAGGGGACGAGGUUCUUUAGUACGGAUAUGAGCUGGAAUGGAAGGAGGAACUUUGUGCAGGUUUAUCUUCCGACGCGGACGGCCAUGGUUCUUGCCAAAGAAGAGACACUCGACCCGAACUGGAAGAGCAAUAUUAGUCUGGGGUUCGGGUACUAG